CGCGAGACCACACGAGAAUUUUAUCCUGCAGCAACAAACAUAAAUCUAAACAAUCUCGCCCAUUUAAAUGUGUUUUUGGGAUAGUAUACGUCCGGAUCGUCCUUGUAUGCAGCCAAUGUGGCUAAACGGAGUAUCCGUAUCCCAGGUGUAACAGGUUGAGAGUGGGCGCCAUGGAUGUGUCCAGUCACAGCCUGUACCUCCUACAGCAGCUGAAUGUUCAGAGGGAGUUUGGCUUCUUGUGUGACUGCACUGUUGCCAUUGGCAACGUGUACUUCAAAGCCCACCGGGCAGUUCUGGCGGCCUUCUCCAACUACUUCAAGAUGAUCUUCAUCCAUCAGUCCAGUGAGUGCAUCAAAAUUCAGCCAACGGACAUCCAGCCUGAUGUGUUCAGUUACCUGCUCCAUAUAAUGUACACUGGCAUGGGGCCAAAGCAGCCAGUGGAUAAGAGCCGUCUUCAAGAAGGGAUCAAGUUUCUUCAUGCCUACCAGCUGUGCCCUAAACCAGACGAGGCAGGUCCAGAUGCAGCCUCUGACCUCCGCAUGUCCAACCUUUACGGCAUCCAGAUCUCCUCCCAGCUCCCAAAUAAGGACGGCACAGGGCCGAAAACGGCUGGGCAACGGGACCCUGAGGGAUCACGCUCCACUAGUCGGGCGGAGUGGGCCGGGCGCUCCCAUGCCCGACCCUCCUCCCAGGCGGUGGGCCUGGAGGGCAUCCCCUCCGACCACCAGCUGCCCGGUAUGCGGCCCCUAUCUUCCCUGGCUUCCGGGGACGACUCGGACGUCUCCACUCGGAUCAAAGAGGAGCGCCUGGACGACGAGGAGCAGGAGCAGGAGCGGGAGGAAGUGGACAAGGCCUCGCUGCCCCCUCCGGGUCCUUGCUCCUCUCUCUCCCCGGCCCAGGGGAACCCCUGCCAGCCGGGCCUGGCUCUCCUGUGCCCUCGCUGCGGCGAGCGCUGCCUGUCCCCCGAGGGUCUCCAGGAGCACCUGAUCAGCCACGCGGCCUGCUCCCUGGAGCCGCUGAUGGAGGGGACUCCCUCGGAGGACGCGGACUUGGGCGGGCCUGGCGGGGCGGAGGAGCACCGGACCACGCAGGAGCGCCUGGACGCCGGCUGCCUGGAGGAGGCCUUAAGACAGAGCCAGGCGCUGGCCGACGAGAUCGCGGCCGAGCUGCGGCGAGGCGGGGGCGCGGGGGUCGGCGUCGGGAUCGGGGGGUUCACCGGCGCCAGCCCGCCCAUGGUGGGCCUGUUCACGCGCAAGCGCAAGAUCGCGUGCGCCGUGUGCAACCAGCGGUUCGCGCACAAGAGCCAGCUGCAGGAGCACAUGUUCUCGCACGUGGGCAAGACGGCGCGCCACCACCACCACCACCACCAGCACCACCAGCACCAGCGCUACAGCCGCUUCUGCAACCAGCUGCUGCAGGUGGCGUGCGAGGGCGCGGGCGACGGUGCCCAAGGGGCCGGCGCAGGACCAGGGGAGGGGUCGGCGGAGGAAGCGGGGGUCAGGGACGGCCAGGACAACGGCAGCUCCUGCUACUCGCUAGACUCAGAGGUGUCGCGGGAGAGUGUGGAUGCCGUCGCUGUUGAAUAGCAAAACAAAAAAAAGAGGAAAAAAAAGAAAGAAAUACAUUUAUGAAUGUAAAGUAAGGAACAGAGACUAGACAAACAGCAUACACACUCUCUUUCCACGAAGACUGGGUCUGUAUGUGGAAAAUGAAAGGCGCUUUUUCUCACUCUUUUCCUGUGUCUUUUUGUCUGUCUCCAGUAGCCUGAAUAUCUUUUCUUGUAUGAGUAUCAUCAUGGUGGCUAUGAUGUAGGAGGUCUCCAUAUGUUCGAAUAUUGGUGCUUACAGUAUUUGUGUUUCAGCAUUGUCUAUUUUGUGCUGUUUUGUUUGAUGUUCCUAAAAACAGCAUAUAAUGCUAUCCCAAAACAUUUAUAUACUUUGGAUUACGCAAAGUUUUUUUCCGAUAUGAAUGUUGAAGAAAAUAUGAAAAUAUUGAAGUCCAAGACUAAUCUUUGAAUUUUAUUUCUGUCACUUUGGAAGGAAUACUUGAUAAUGAGUAUACAAAUGAAACAAGUUUGCUGUGCCUUAGCGGGUUUUAUCUAAGAACUCUUACUACCCCAGCAAAAGCACUUGCUUCUCAAGCUCCACCAAAUCCUAUCUAAGAUUGGCUCAUGUUUUGGAAUACAUGUGAUAUUCUAAAUUCCAACAACAAAGCUCUUGUUGGAGCUUUUUAUAUUUGAAAACAGUCAUUCAAAGCAUUUUUUUUUAAUCAAUAUAUAUAUAUAUUUCUAAAUCGUCAUAAUGCAGUAUUUGACCCGAUACAUAUGUUGCUUGUUCAUCUGAGAUAACUGGUGUUUGCAAAAAAACAAGCCUAAAGACACAAUGUGCUUCUCACAAAGUCAGGCACCAGACUGACUAACCCCCAGGGCCAUUACUGCACUUUUGUUUGGUGAGACACUCUAACCUGGCACAAAAUGAAACCUGAGUUUUCGGCAGGGCAGUUCAUCAAAUUGAAUUUGUUUUGAACUCGUUAACCCAGGAGAUUUAUAAUAUACUGUAUAUUUGUGCCAGACAGAUCAGCCUUGAAAUCAUGGCCUAAUUUGAUAGCUGGUGAAAUUUCAUUUGUCAUGCCUCUGGGUGUUUCAAGAUGAUGGCAGAUGAGUUAUUUAUAUUUGACAGUCAGUAAUGUCCAUGCUGGAGCCAUAUUGACUGUAUGAUGCAGUAAUUUUGAAGAGCAUGCUUAAUUUGGAUAAUGAAUUCUACACACCCCUCUCUUUUUCAAUCCACAGCAUGUUUGAAUCAUAUGACACUAUAGUAUCUCUAUAUCAUAUCAAGGACAACUUGCUUUGAUGGCGCAGAGCAUAUUUGGUUCCAGAUCUGAAUAUAAGUAGUUCAGUUUUUAAAUAGUCCAUUGUACUGGAUAGUCCAUGCUUUUUGAAUGUGCUGGUUACCGCAGUUUUGUCAGUUUCAUGUUUAGCGUGCUGUGAUUGGUUUGUAAAACCUGUGUAACAGUUACAGAUGUGCUCUUCAUCUGUGUAAUUUGUGACCAGUGUGGUGUGUAUGUGUUAAGUUCACUUUGCCAUUCAGUGUGAAGUGUAUAUCAUUACGUGGUACGCGUUUUCAAAAUAUUUUUGGUAAUAAACUUGUU